UCCCAGGGAACACAACUUGUCUCCUUUCUUUUCUGUCCAGUCACCACUAAACAAAAGAACCUCUGGACACUUUACCAUUCUCCAGAACCUGAAGCCUCUACAGGAGCGCGACAGGACUGGACACCUCUAUGCUCAGGAUUAUUGCCAAUACCCCUUCACACAACCAGCAGUGAGUGACAAGCUGAUUAAAGAAUUGGAGGAAUCCUUUCACCCCUACGAUCAUGGGGGUAAUAUGGCUGGCUAAAUUCAUGCUGGGAUGUACAGCACUAUGGUAUGUGGAGCAAGCUCAGGGACAGCUGGAGUUCAGUGACCAGCAAGCCUAUGAAGAAAGGACAGCACAAAGAGUCAGAAGGAGAGGACAGGACACGUUGAGAGGACCAAAUGUUUGUGGAUCUCGGUUUCACUCGUACUGUUGUCCAGGGUGGAAAACAUUACCGGGCGGAAACCAGUGUAUUGUUCCAAUCUGCCGGAACACCUGUGGAGAUGGAUUUUGUUCAAGACCAAAUAUGUGUACAUGUUCAAAUGGACAGCUGUCUCCAAACUGUGGGGCUGGAGCAGUUAUGAAUUGUAAUGUGCGUUGCAUGAAUGGAGGGACCUGUAGUGACGAUUCAUGUUCCUGUCAGAAGGGAUACACUGGGACUCACUGUGGACAACCGGUCUGUGAAAACGGGUGUCAGAAUGGAGGACGCUGCAUUGGACCCAACAGAUGCGCCUGUGUUUACGGCUUUACUGGACCACAAUGUGAAAGAGAUUACCGGACCGGACCAUGCUUCACGCAAAUAAGCAACCAGAUGUGUCAGGGACAGCUUAGUGGUAUUGUAUGCACAAAGACCUUGUGCUGCGCCACCAUUGGUCGUGCCUGGGGUCACCCCUGUGAAAUGUGCCCUGCCCAACCACACCCAUGUCGUAGAGGAUUCAUUCCAAAUAUCCGAACCGGAGCCUGUCAAGAUGUUGAUGAAUGUCAAGCUAUACCUGGACUGUGCCAUGGUGGCAAUUGCAUCAACACAGUGGGAUCCUAUGAGUGUAAAUGUCCAGCUGGCCACAAACAGAGCGAGACCUCCCAGAAGUGUGAAGAUAUUGAUGAAUGCAGUACAAUUCCUAACGUGUGUGAUGGAGGGGAAUGCACGAAUACAGCUGGGAGCUACGUUUGCAUAUGUCCUAGAGGAUUCACUUCAAGUAUUGAUGGAUCUCGCUGCAUUGAUCAGAGGACUGGCAGCUGCUUUUCUGCUUUAAUUGGGGGCCGAUGCUCUGGGGAACUUCAUGGCCAAUACACAAAAGGCCAAUGCUGCUGUGACGCUGGGCGAUGCUGGGCCAUUGGGCAAAUCCCUGAGAUGUGUCCAGUCAGGGGCUCUGAUGAAUACCGAAGACUUUGCAUUGAAGGUCAACCUCUAGGCCCUUCAUACCCUGGAACCUAUCCUGUUGGCCCUGGGGGCAUUGGACCUGGAGGAAUUGGACCUGGAGGAAUUGGACCUGGUGGAAAUGGCCAUGGAGGAGUUGGACCUGGUGGAUUUGGCCCCUUUGUUGUUGGACCUAAUGGACAAGGAACACUACCAGGCUUGCCUAGUGUGGGCACCGAAAUUGGAACUGCAACAUUAAACCAGACUGGAGACAUUUGCAAACACUUUACUAACCUGUGCCAAAAUGGGCGUUGUAUCCCUACACCGUCCAGUUAUCGAUGUGAAUGUAACAUGGGUUAUAAGCAAGACAGCCGACUGGAAUGUAUAGAUGUGGAUGAGUGCUCGAGCAGUCCAUGUAUUCAUGGAGACUGUGUGAACACACAAGGUUCUUACCACUGUAGGUGCCACGACGGAUUCCAGAGCAACCCCACCAAACAAGCAUGCAUUGACAUUGAUGAAUGUAUCAUGAACGGAGUAAUGUGCCGGAACGGGCGUUGUGUAAACACGGAGGGUAGUUUCCAGUGUAUCUGUAAUGCAGGCUUUGAGACUACCCCAGAUGGAAAGAAUUGCGUAGAUCACGAUGAGUGUGCGACCACAAACAUGUGCUUGAACGGGAUGUGCAUCAAUGAAGACGGCAGCUUUAAGUGCAUCUGUAAACCAGGCUUUGUAUUGGCACCAAAUGGACGCUACUGUGUUGAUGUGGACGAAUGCCAGACACCAGGAAUCUGUAUGAACGGACGCUGCAUAAACACAGAGGGUUCAUUCCGCUGUGAGUGCUUAGGUGGGCUGACCAUCGGCGUUGAUGGACGAGUUUGCGUGGACACCCACAUGCGUAGUACCUGCUAUGGAGCCAUUAAAAAGGGCACAUGUGCCCGCCCCUUCCCUGGUGCUGUUACCAAAUCUGAAUGCUGUUGUGCAAGCCCUGACCAUGGAUUUGGAGAGCCCUGCCAGCCUUGCCCUGCCAAAAACUCUGCUGAAUUCCAGGCUCUUUGUAGCAGCGGCAUUGGAAUAACUGCAGAUGGCAGAGACAUUAAUGAAUGUGCCUUGAACUCUGAAAUCUGUCCCAAUGGCAUCUGUGAGAACUUACGUGGCAGCUACCGCUGUAUUUGCAAUGUUGGUUAUGAAUCAGACACAAGUGGAAAAAACUGCGUGGAUGUUGAUGAGUGUGCCGUGAACCGCUUGCUUUGUGACAAUGGCUUGUGCCGUAAUACCCCUGGGAGCUACACCUGCACCUGCCCCAAGGGUUAUGUCUUUAAGCCAGAGUCAGAGACCUGUGAAGAUGUAAAUGAAUGUGCCUCCAAUCCCUGCGUUAAUGGUGUCUGCAGGAACAAUGCUGGCUCCUUUGUGUGUGAGUGCUCAUUUGGAAGCAAACUGGAUCCUACCGGGACUAUUUGUGUGGACAGCAUGAAAGGAACUUGUUGGUUAAACAUCCAAGAUGGCCGAUGUGAGGUGAACAUCAAUGGAGCCACUCUGAAGUCUGAAUGCUGUGCAACUUUAGGAGCUGCAUGGGGAAGCCCUUGCGAGCGCUGCGAGAUUGAUUCAGCAUGUCCUAGAGGUUACUCCAGGAAGAAAGGCGUUGCAUGUGAAGAUGUCAAUGAGUGUGAGGUCUUCCCUGGAGUAUGUCCCAAUGGACGCUGUGUGAAUACUGCUGGGUCUUUCAAAUGCGAGUGUCCAGAAGGCCUGACUCUGGAUGGAACUGGCAGAAACUGUGUUGAUAUACGUGUUGAGCAGUGCUACAUGAAAUGGGAUGAGGAUGAAUGCACAGCUCCUUUGCCUGGGAAAUACAGAAUUGAUAUGUGCUGCUGCUCUGUGGGUGCUGCCUGGGGCGUUGACUGUGAGGAGUGCCCUAAACCUGGGAGUGAGGAAUAUAAGACCACCUGUCCAAGAGGUCCGGGCUUUGCUAACAGAGGCGAUAUUCUUUCUGGUCGGCCGUUCUACAAAGAUGUGAAUGAAUGUAAAGUGUUCAACAGCUUGUGUAGUCAUGGAACAUGCCGAAACAGCAUCGGAAGCUUCAGGUGCAUCUGUGACAGCGGUUUUGCUCUGGAUGCUGAGGAAAGGAACUGUACAGAUAUAGAUGAAUGCAGAAUUUCUCCUGACCUAUGUGGACAUGGGACGUGCGUCAAUACUCCUGGGAGCUUCGAGUGUGAAUGUUUUGAUGGUUACGAGAGUGGCUUCAUGAUGAUGAAGAACUGCAUGGAUAUUGAUGAGUGUGAGAGAGACCCACUGCUGUGUAGAGGAGGCACCUGUAUUAACACUGACGGCAGCUUUGAAUGUAUAUGUCCUCUUGGUCAUGAGCUGACUACGGAAGGCAACGCCUGUGUGGAUAUUAAUGAGUGUUCGUUGAGCGACAACCUCUGCAGGAACGGGCGGUGUGUUAACAUGAUUGGAACUUACCAGUGUUCUUGUGAUUCUGGCUUCAAGCCUACUCCUGAUCGGCAGGGCUGCAUAGAUAUUGAUGAGUGCACAAUCAUGAAUGGAGGAUGCGACACCCAGUGCACUAACUCAGAAGGCAGCUAUGAAUGCAGCUGUAGUGAGGGGUAUGCGCUUAUGCCAGACCAGCGAUCCUGUGCAGAUAUUGAUGAAUGUGAGGACAACCCAGACAUCUGUGACGGAGGACAAUGUACAAAUAUCCCUGGAGAAUAUCGCUGCUUGUGCUUCGAUGGCUUCAUGGCCUCUCUAGAUAUGAAGACAUGUAUAGAUGUCAAUGAGUGUGACCUGAACCCCCACAUCUGCCUACAUGGGGAGUGUGAGAACACCAAAGGCUCCUUCAUCUGCCACUGUCAGUUGGGUUACUUUGUGAAGAAGGGUAAUACAGGAUGCACAGAUAUCGAUGAAUGUGAAGUAGGGGCACAUAACUGUGAUGUCCAUGCAUCCUGCGUUAAUGUUCCUGGAAGUUUUAAAUGCAAAUGCCGAACUGGCUGGGUCGGAGAUGGACUGAAAUGUGUUGAUCUUGAUGAGUGCUCCACUGAAGACCAUAACUGCAAUGUGAACGCUAAUUGUGUUAACACCCCUGGCUCAUACCGGUGCACAUGUAAUGAGGGAUUCAAUGGGGAUGGCUUUACUUGCUCAGAUGUUGAUGAGUGCGCAGACAAUGUUAACCUUUGUGAGAAUGGUCACUGCUUAAACGCCCCCGGAGGUUACCGCUGCGAAUGUGAGAUGGGAUUUACUCCUACAGAAGACAGCAAGGCUUGUCAAGAUAUCGAUGAAUGUACGUUCCAGAAUAUCUGUGUCUUUGGAACUUGCCAGAAUCUGCCUGGAAUGUUCCGCUGUGUCUGUGAUGAUGGCUAUGAGCUGGAUAGAAGUGGAGGAAACUGCACUGAUGUAAACGAGUGUGCAGACCCAGUGAACUGUAUCAAUGGGCUGUGUGUUAACACACCAGGAAGCUAUUUGUGUAACUGCCCGCAGGACUUUGAGCUGAAUCCUACUGGCGUGGGCUGUGUUGAUACACGAGUUGGGAACUGCUACUUGGAAACUCUGACAAGAGGAGAUGCUGGCCUUGCUUGUAGCGCUGAGAUUGGAGUUGGCGUUACAAGGGCAUCCUGCUGCUGCUCUUUGGGACGUGCUUGGGGCAACCCCUGUGAAAGCUGCCCCCUGGCCAACUCCACCGAAUAUAAGACCCUGUGUCCGGGAGGAGAGGGAUUCAGACCAAACCCCAUAACAGUUAUAUUAGAAGAUAUUGAUGAGUGCCAGGAACUACCCGGUCUCUGCCAAGGUGGAAACUGUGUGAACACCUUUGGGAGUUUCCAAUGUGAGUGCCCCCUUGGCUACUAUCUGAAUGAGGACACCCGCAUCUGUGAAGAUAUUGAUGAAUGUUCUGCUCACAUUGGCAUCUGUGGUCCUGGUACUUGCUAUAAUACAUUAGGGAACUACACCUGUGUUUGCCCACCAGAGUAUAUGCAAAUCAACGGAGGAAACAACUGCAUGGACAUGAGGAAGAGCGUGUGUUAUCGCAACUACAAUGACACAUGUGAGAAUGAACUAUCAAUCAACAUGACAAAGAAAAUGUGUUGCUGCUCUUACAACAUUGGCAAAGCUUGGAACAAGCCGUGUGAGCCAUGUCCCGUGACGGCUAGCCCUGAAUACCAAAUUCUCUGUGGAAAUCAAGCACCUGGUUUUAUUAUUGACAUCCGAACUGGCAAGCCUAUGGAUAUUGAUGAAUGCAGUGAAAUCCCAGCCAUUUGCACCAAUGGAGUCUGCAUCAACCAGAUUGGAAGCUUCCGUUGUGAAUGUCCAAUGGGAUUCAGCUACAACAACAUUCUCCUCAUCUGUGAAGACAUUGAUGAGUGCAGCAGCGGAGAGAACCUGUGCCAGAUUAAUGCUGACUGUAUUAAUAUCCCGGGCUCAUAUCGCUGCGAAUGCUCCAGUGGAUACAAGCUGUCUCCAAGCGGUGCCUGUGUUGGCCGUAAUGAAUGCAAUGAGAUCCCCAAUGUCUGCAGCCAUGGAACAUGUAUGGACACAACCGGAAGCUACAUCUGCAUCUGCCACAAUGGGUUCAAAGCAAGUGGAGACCAAACCAUGUGCAUGGAUAUCGAUGAGUGCGAUCGUCAGCCUUGUGGCAAUGGUACCUGCAAGAACACUGUUGGAUCAUAUAACUGUCUCUGCUUCCCUGGCUUCGAACUCACCCACAACAAUGAUUGCAUGGACAUAGAUGAGUGCUCUUCCCUGGUUGGGCAAGUGUGCAGAAAUGGCCAGUGCAUCAACAAUGUGGGCUCCUUCCAAUGUCUUUGCCAUGAAGGCUAUGAGAUCACUCCUGAUGGAAAGAAUUGUGUGGAUAUUAAUGAGUGCAUUAGCCUGCCCGGGACCUGCUCUCCUGGAACAUGCCAUAACCUGGAAGGAUCCUUCCGCUGCAUCUGUCCCCCAGGUUAUGCAGUGCAGAAUGACAACUGCAUAGAUAUUAAUGAAUGUGAUGAUGAACCGAACAUUUGCCUAUUUGGAACCUGCACUAACACCCCCGGCAGCUUCCAGUGCGUGUGCCCACCCGGCUUUGUCCUGUCGGAUAAUGGUCGCCGUUGCUUUGAUACUCGUCAAAGCUUCUGCUUUACUCGAUUUGAUAAUGGAAAAUGCUCCGUUCCUAAAGCCUUCAACACUACAAAAGCGAGAUGUUGCUGCAGCAUGAUGCCCGGCGAGGGUUGGGGAGAUCCGUGUGAGCUGUGCCCACAGGAAGGAAACUUGGCUUUUCCUGAGCUCUGUCCAUAUGGUCAUGGAGCCAUUCCUAACAUUGGAGACACCAGAGAAGAUGUCAAUGAAUGUUCUGAGAAUCCUGGAAUUUGUGUCAAUGGAAUCUGCAUUAAUACUGAUGGCUCUUUCCGAUGUGAAUGUCCAUUUGGCUAUAAUUUAGACUUCACAGGAGUUAACUGUGUUGAUACGGAUGAGUGCUCCAUCGGAAACCCAUGUGGCAAUGGAACGUGCACUAAUGUGGUUGGAGGUUUUGAAUGUGCCUGUGAUGACGGUUUUGAACCAGGACCAAUGAUGACUUGUGAAGAUAUCAAUGAGUGUACAAACCCUCUUCUGUGUGCUUUCCGCUGCAUAAACACUUACGGAUCAUAUGAAUGCACUUGUCCAUCUGGAUACACCUUGAGAGAGGACCGCAGGAUGUGCAAAGAUCUGGAUGAGUGUGCAGAAGGUCUGCAUGACUGUGAAUCCCGCGGUAUGAUGUGCAAGAAUCUCAUUGGUACAUUCAUGUGUAUCUGCCCACCAGGCAUGCAGAGACGACCAGAUGGGGAAGGAUGUAUGGAUGAAAAUGAAUGUCGCAAGCCAGGCAUCUGCCCCAAUGGGCGCUGUGUGAACACUAUAGGAAGCUAUAGGUGUGACUGCAAUGAUGGAUUCCAGGUCAGCGGCUCUGGAACAGAAUGCAUAGAUACCCGUCAGGGAUCUUGUUUCACUGAAGUGCUACAGACAAUGUGCCAGCUUUCAUCUACUAAUCGCAACAUGGUGACAAAGUCUGAGUGCUGCUGUAACCUAGGUCGAGGCUGGGGUAACCAGUGUGAACUCUGUCCCCUUCCUGGAACUGCACCUUACAAGAAGAUGUGCCCACACGGUCCUGGCUUCACCACUGAUGGGAGAGAUAUUGAUGAAUGCAAAGUUCUACCCAACCUGUGCAAAAAUGGGCAAUGUAUCAACACCAUCGGGUCAUUCCGUUGUCACUGUAAUUUGGGCUACACCACAGACAUCACAGGGACCACGUGUGUCGAUCUGGAUGAAUGUGCUCAGUCUCCCAAACCUUGUAACUUUAUAUGUAAGAAUACAGAGGGCAGCUACCAGUGCUCAUGUCCCAGGGGCUACAUUAUGCAAGAGGAUGGAAAGACGUGUAAAGACCUGGAUGAAUGUUCGACCAAACAGCACAACUGCCAAUUCCUCUGUGUUAACACUAUCGGAAGCUUCAACUGCAAGUGUCCACCUGGAUUUACUCAGCACCAAUCCUCUUGCAUCGAUAACAAUGAGUGCAGUGCCCAGCCCAGCCUCUGCGGUGCCCGUGGCAUGUGCCAGAACAACCCUGGAAGCUUCGCCUGUGAAUGCCAGAAAGGUUUCUCCCUGGACAACUCUGGCAGCAACUGUGAAGAUGUGGAUGAGUGUGAUGGCAGCCACCGCUGCCAACACGGCUGCCAGAAUGUCCUUGGAGGAUAUCGCUGCGGCUGCCCACAAGGCUACGUGCAGCAUUACCAAUGGAACCAGUGUGUGGAUGAGAAUGAGUGUUCCAGCCAAUCUACCUGUGGCUCUGCUUCUUGCUACAACACUUUGGGAAGCUUCAAGUGCAUCUGCCCAUCAGGCUUUGAUUUUGACCAGCCUUUUGGUGGCUGCCAGGAUGUAGAUGAGUGCUCAUCAUCUGGUGGAAACCCUUGUAGUUAUGGCUGCUCCAACACUGAUGGUGGUUACCAAUGUGGAUGUCCAGGGGGUUAUUUCCGUGCCGGCCAAGGGCACUGCGUAUCAGGCAUGGGAUUUGGCAAAGGUUCCUAUCUCCCAGCUCCUGCUGAAGAGGAUGAGGAAAACAUCCUAUCCCCAGAGAACUGCUAUGAAUGCAAGAUCAAUGGUUAUCCAAAGAGAGGAAGGCAGCGUCGCAGCACAAAUGAAACUUCUGAGCACGAGAAUCAUAUCAGCAUGGCUAGCGUUGACAUCGAUGCUCCACUUAAAAUGAGCCUAAACAUUUCUGAGCUGAUAAACAAGCAACAUAUCAUGGAGCUAUUGCCAGCCUUGGUGCCAUUGGAAAAUCAUGUACGUUACAUCAUCUCUCAUGGCAAUGAAGAGGGCAUCUUCCGCAUUCACCAAAAGGACAGCCUGAGUUUCCUCCACCUUGGCCGUAAGAAGGUGACUCAAGGUACAUACAACCUGGAGAUUGUCAGCAUGCCGCUAUAUCGCAAGAAGGAACUGCAGAAAUUAGAGGAUGAGAAGGACUCCAACUACCUCAGUGGUGAAAUAGGCCAAGCGCUUAAGAUGAAACUUCGGAUCCAUCUGUAUUAACAUCGUUAUAAACAUUCCUCAUGUGGCCUUCACAAGAUCUGAACUUUACAUUUAUAGAGAAAGUCUUUUUCUGUCUUGUGUUUAAUUAGCUUUUGUGUCAGAACCUCAGCACUAAGGCGUAAGAUUGAUGGGAAAUGUGGAAUACAAUUUCAGCAGUGACCAACGUCUGUAUGUAUUUUGGUAUUUUCUUCAUAGUAUUUUUGUUAUAUAAAAAAUGUGGGGGGGGGGGGGAGUGAGACUGAAAAUGAAAUGUUAACAGGCCGGCCAAAAAGUACAAUGGAUGCCGUUCACUGGAUUCCCAAUGUGAAGCCAGUGGGAUGUGUAAGCAGAUGGGGGGCAUAUUCCACAGAUGUCCUCUCUUAAUUUCACUGCAAAACUCUAACCUGGAUGUGGAUAGAAGAAUUAAGCUAGUGCCCUAGGAGCGCAGUGGUUAUGGUUUUACUAAAAAUGUUGACACAGAAGUUUAUUUUUACACCUGAGUACUACAGUGCUGUGUGUAUAUAUAUAUAUAUAUAUAUAUAUAUAUAUAUAUAGUAUUUUAAAGUGAAGUCUGUAAUUCAUAAAAAACUGCUAGAGCAGUUAUGUAGUUGGUGUAACACAACGUUAUAUAAAUGGUUACUGCAAAUAACAUCUUAGUACCUGUGGUUAGUAUUUUUUUUUUCUUUACAUAAACAGUUCUUUCUUUAUGAGAACUGGGCACCUGUACUGUAACUUUAACUGCUGACCAGCUGAGAGAGGGUAUGUGGAUUCCAUAUAGAACAUAUUUUGGUUUAUGGCCACAUCUCUCUGUACAUUCUCAUCUACCACAAUGUCAGGAUUUUCGGGUAGCCAUGAAAAAUAUCAUAUUUUUAGUUGACUAAAGUGUUUGCAGUGGAUGAUAGGCCACUAGAAACAAAAAAGCAAAAACAAAACUGAAACAUUCAAAUCAUUGUUGUAAAACUUUUUUUUUGUUGUUUUAUGGGUAAGAAAGAAGAAGAUACCUAGUGAAUAUGGAUAAUUGUGAUAUCAGAUAAAUGUUCGGAAACCAGGCGUUAUUAUUGGUAAACGAAGCUGCACUUUGUAUGCUGCGUUUUUCCUCUUAUUUCAAAAAGCUAUUUUACUUACAGAUUUCAAGUCUCUGUUUAUUUUAUUUUAUUUUUUUGUAUAACAAAAAGAAAUACACACAUUGUCAUUUUAAUUUAUAAGCUGCAGAAAAUGCAAUAUAUUCCUUGGUUAAUAUAGUCGGAUGAUAUGGGUGCUUUGUAACGCCAAAUAUUCAGUGAAACCACAUUUUCUUGUAUGGGGGAAAUCCGAUAGUGCCUUAUUGCCAAGUCUGGUAGAACUAUGUUUAAACCUUUGUGAGAGGCAUGACCACUAAAAAGCCUCAUCUGAUCAUUUUACUGUACUCCUCUAACCUUAGGUUGUACAGGUGGAGGUACAAAUAAUAAAAUAUAAUAUUGAAUUUAGGAUUGAUGCUAGCAUGGAACUGGCAGAAAAUUACUUUGGUGUAAACCCGUGUGCCCAGCACUAUCACUAUUAAAAAGUGGUCUGGUCACAAUCAGUUUUCCUUCUUACUAUAAAAGAACUGUAUGCAUAAAAUGCUAUUUAUAUUUAGCAGUACAAGAAAUUCUGUACAUCGCAACGUUUGUUAAUUUUCAUUUGAUGGCAGCAGUAUAAUCUGUUUAUCGCAUUCAUGGUUCUUCCUUCCUGCUAGGAAAAAACGGGAGGGAAAAAUACAUAAAAGAUGGUGCUACUUUAGACUACGGUAUGAAUACACACAAUACUACCUGACACUAUGCUGUAUCCAUCACACAAUGGUGCUUUAUCCACCCAUCCAGUGCUUAAAAUGGCUUGGUUACUGCACUGUACAUCCUUAUAAAAUAAUAAAACUAAAAAAAAAAAAUAUUUAUGUAUAAUCACAACUGUAAACUGUUGCUCAAUUUUGUAAGUUCAUAUUCAUGUAGUAUAUAUAUAUAUUUUAUUUGAUACAUGUUGGGUUGUUUUUGUUUUUAUUUCUAACUCCCAAGGGCAGCCACUUUCCGGUAAUAUGUGUGAAUACUGUAAUUGUUGCGGAAAUAAAAUCAUAAACUUGAAUAAGAUGUUAGCUCUGGAAAAUACGAGACAUUGUGAAAUAGAACUGUGUUACUAGACGGUGCUACAACAAAUAACUUCAUUGUACAAAUCAUUUCUUUUCCAGUCUUGUGUUGAGCCAAAUGUGUCAUUUGUGGAGGGGGGAAAUAGUAUUUUCCUUUCUUUCCAAUGUGGUCUGAUUCAUUUUUAUACUACAUUUCAAACAGUGUGCUGUAUUUUUUUUUUUUGUUCUGUUUGUUUUUAGGCACAUAUGAUAAUUUUGUACAACUUUUCAUAAUUGUGGUUUUUUUUUUGUAUCAGAAGCAACAGCAACAAUAAAAUUAUUUUGGGUAAAAAUA